UGCGUAGGUAGAAAAAUCUGCCUGUGUUUUAGUCCUGUCCCUUUCUGCCUGUUAAUAUUUUUCGUUUCAUACACGACACUCUCUCUCUCUCUCUCUCUACAUCUCCAAAACGGGGUUUUGCUUCUUUGUUUAAAGAUUUUCCCAUUUCUUUUAUCUUUAAGGCCAUUCUCACAACUUUCUCUUUCAAUUUAUGUCUCUUCCCUUCACUUCAAAAUCGAUCUGGCUUUGUCUCUUUUCAGCCUCUCUGUCUCCAAUUACCAGCUGGGUUUUUCUUUCUUUGCUUCAUCCCCUAUAUAAUUUGCUUAAUUUCCUUCAAUUUCCAAUUUGGUCUUCAUUUGCCCUCUGUUUGGUUGACCUUUCUUAGCUUUCUGGGGUCUGUUAGUUGACCACAAUUUCCACUAGCCUCCCUUAUUUUAUUUCUGGGUUUUCUUUUCCAAUUCUAUUCAUCCCAUUCCCAUCUAAUUUCAGCCAUUUCUUCUAGUUUUCUCAUCUCUGUUUUUCCCCCAGUGAAUUCAAGUUAGCAUUUUUACAACUACAUAUAUAUACCAUCUGAGGUCUUGAGGCUUUUAUUUAUUUGUUGUUUUAGAGCUUAAUUAAGAAAUGAAGUGCUUUUUUCCAUUCAAGGACAAAUCCAAGGGCAAGAAGCAAGGAGCACAAUCCGCUCCAGAAUUGAGAAACCAAAGCAAAUCAAGCGAUCUGGUUUGUGAUCGUGCAACAAAAUCUUCAAGUUCCUUACCAUCACCAAGGAGCAUACCAGAAUUGUACAAAGAAAAGGAGCAAAAUUUGAGAGUUUUCUCAUAUCAAGAGCUGAGGGAAGCAACAAAUGGUUUCAACAGGUUGCUAAAGCUUGGGGAAGGAGGUUUUGGGAGUGUAUAUAAAGGAAAGAUUAGCCCUGAAAAUGGUCAAGGAAGUCCGAUUGUAGUUGCCAUUAAAAGGUUAAACCCGCGUAGCUUACAGGGUCAUAAAGAAUGGCUUGCAGAAGUUCAAUUUCUUGGCGUCGUAAAUCAUCCAAAUCUAGUAAAACUUUUAGGAUAUUGUUCUGUAGAUGGAGAAAGAGGGAUACAACGGCUACUGGUAUAUGAAUAUAUGCCUAAUAGAAGCUUAGAAGAUCAUCUUUUCAACAGGGCUUUGCCCGCAAUGCCUUGGAUGACAAGACUACAGGUUAUGCUUGGUUCUGCUGAAGGAUUGGCUUAUCUACACCAGGGACUGGAAGUUCAGGUGAUAUAUCGAGAUUUCAAAUCCUCCAAUGUGCUAUUGGAUGAGCAAUUCAGGGCAAAGCUCUCAGACUUCGGGCUUGCUAGAGAAGGACCAACGGGUGACCGCACUCAUGUAUCGACGUCGGUGAGUAGAGGGGUGGUAGGGACUUAUGGAUAUGCUGCCCCAGAAUAUGUUGAAACAGGCCAUCUUUCAACGCACAGUGAUUUAUGGAGUUUCGGUGUGGUGCUUUAUGAGAUCCUCACAGGCAGGCGUGUCUUGGACAAGAACCGCCCGGCAGCGGAACAGAAACUUCUUUAUUGGGUUAAACAGUUCCCUGCUGACAGUAAAAGGUUCAGCAUGAUAAUAGAUCCAUUGCUGAGAGAUCAGUAUUCUCUUACUGCUGCUCGAAAACUUGCCAAGUUGGCAGAUAGUUGUCUGAACAAGAAUGCAAAAGACCGACCAACAAUGUGUCAGGUGGUAGAGGUCUUGAAGCAAGCUCUACAAGAUUCAGAAGCGGGAACCAGCUCUGUAAAUAGAAGUUUUGAGGCAUCUGGGUCUAAAUUGGCUAAGCGGAAACCCAAGUAGACUUGAUAUAAGAGAGCAUUAUCAUAAAUGCCACUUUCUGUUGUGACCAAAUUCUCUUUAAAUUUUUUGAGCAGGUUUAAAUGAUUGGAUAUUAUUAAGCAAGUAUAGCAGGGUUGCAGUUAACCCUUUUAAUAUUUUUUCGGGGACUUUCAGGCGCGAGUCUGGAUUCAUCGGUAGCUGUCAAAUCCGGGAAGUAUGUAAAUUUCUGAGGUCCUGAAGCACAAGAAAUCAAGGAAAUUUUUUAUUUUCUUAUUGUAAAAUUAUAGAAUGGAAGAAGAAGGCAGUGAAAUAGGGGAGACCCAGUAGACUGAUCUGUGGAACCGCUGUAAAUCUCCAUACUGAGCCUUUUGCCUUUUAUCUUUUUAUUAGUUUGAAGACAUAGCUGCGCACUGUGGUAGCAUUCAUGUGAAAA